AUGUUCCCCUCCUCAGCUCGUUUCCUUGCUCGCUCGAGCCCAGUCGUCACGCUCCCACCUCCCGCUCGUCCCUCAGCCGCCGUAGGUCGCCUGUCAAGAUCCAGUAGCCACCAACGUCGAUACUCAUCUUCUAAACCUCCCGUUCCCCCAAGUGACGGCUCCCGGGGCAUUGAUACCUCGUCGCAGUCUCCCACUAAGAGCGUGAGCCCGUCGAACAAAGAAGGUGCCGAGAAGCGGGAGGGGAAACCGGCGAAACGACGAGGUGGCAAAGAUAGCAGCAAUGUCUCUACUAAAUCAAAAAACAAUGAGCCCUUUCUAAACCUUCCCAGUGUUCCUUCUACACAGCAUCUUCACCCUCAUGGAAAUGCUAUCUCUCAGGGAUCUGCCAAAACUGUGGACUCUGAUCACUUCAGCAGCCCCGAUGACCUCCCAAUGGACGACCUCCGCAUUUCCAUCCAGGAUUUCGCAAAGAAGCUCCGACCAUUCAACCCCCCGCCACCGCCAGUCCCUAUGGAAAGUUUCGGAGAACAAGAUGCCACCCUAGAAGCUGAAACCACCGAAGCCGCUGAAUCUGAACUUCAAGAAGAUGUGAAGGAACAAAGCUACUCCACCCUCCUUACCAUCACCGAAUCCACUCACGGCGACGGCCGCAAGACCUACGAAGCUCACAGCUCACCGCUCGUCCGCAUUGAUAACAAAGACGCCCCUUCAUCCUCUGUUUUCGAAGGUGAAAAAGUGAUACAAGACCAGGGAGGCUUAUUUUCAAUAUCAGAGCCGGAGAUGAGCCGCCAUCGACAGCAGCAUCGCGUGCCGCAUUCAAUGGGCCGGAAAGUCUACUCCGCCAUCAGCGUCAAGAGACAGCAUAAAGCAUAA